GGCGGGAGGUGGAGUAGUCCUCAGGACUUGUACAGACCCGCUUCUAGCUCCACAGAGCCUCUCCCUGCCUCCCACCUCUGCGAAGCCUGGGGCCGCAGUACCGUCUUUCUGCCGCUGACUCGGCCCGGCGCUUCAGGGACCCUCCGCUUCGGCAUGCCUUCCUUGAAUUUUUCUAGAUCCUCCUCUGGUGACUGGGUCCCGGCAGUGGUGUCCAGGCGGGGCGCUCUAAGGCGGGAGCAGGACCCGCGGGGGCCCUAUCCCAGUUACUCCCUUUCGGGGGUUCUCUACCCAGAGCGCAUGGCGUGGACCAAAUGCCUUGAGGAGCUCCGGGACUCGAGUCUAUGAGAUCGUUCUUACUGGGGGUGGGUCUCAGUUCCAGGAGCGCAUAUUCCUUUCGAGAGAUCCGACGAGAUUGGUGCUGACACGCUGAUUUAGGGUAAUUCAAAUGGUUCAUAUGGGUAGUGACCUUGCAGAAAACAUUUGCUCAGGGGCCCCGCGCACUCCGGAGGAUUCCCGGCCACCUCUGGGCAUCUCUUCUUACUUGGGGAUGGCAGUGUCUCCCUGGCGGGAUCCUUGCAAAGGCAAAGCCCCGGCCAGAGGCGCACAGUGGACGAAUGCCUUCCUUCUGGGGAGGCGACCCUGGUGUGGGGGAGCCAAAGGGGACCUCGGAGGGGGAUGGGGAGGGUCCUGCGCUCUGGAAUCCCGGGGUCGGAGGUGGUCCCGAAGACGCAGACCAGGGUUGCCGGCUCCCAGAGGAGAGUGAGGCGGGGGAGGGCAGGACAUGCAUCAGCCUCGCCCUCCACCCCCUGCCCCAGCCCGCUGGGCAUAGGCUUGGACGCCUCUACUCGGAUUAUGUAACCCCGGAACGUGGCAGCCGGGUGAGCAAAGGAGAGGAGGCUGGGGAAAGGAAGAGAGAGGAGAGGCGGGGCGCCGCGGUGCGGGGGUGGGAAGCACCGCCUCUAGCUGGGCCCCUUGGGUGUCCUUCAGAAGAAUUCCUGGAAAGCCAGCCCUCCCCCACUCCGUACCCCAGCCGCCGCCUCAGUUUCCUCUCACCCUUCUUUCCGUCCCACCCGUCCUGGCAGGGGGUUCUGACUGGAUAGAUUUCCCUCACGGGUUGUAGUUUCCUCCCCAAAGUUCUCGGCUUCGCUACCUAGGCUAAGUCAGUUAGCCGCCCUGAGCCUCAGUUUACCAGUUUGUAAGAUGAGAUUUGUCUGAGAGGCCACGGGUAAAGCGCCUGGCACGGGGCAUGGUACACAGGUCCGAGGCCAACUAGCGGGCUGUGGGCGUGUCGAAGGCCGCAGGGGGCGUGCGGCGGCGGCAGGAAGGGGCGGGGGGCUCCCGAGCCCCAGCAGGAAGAGGCGAACCCACCGGCCAUCGCGGGACCAGCGCGUGUCCUCGCUUUGGACCCAGCCAUGUGGGGUCUCCUGCUCGCCUUGGUCACCUUCGCGCCUGCCGUCGGGGUGAGUCUGGGGGCGUCCGGCGCCUCGGUGCUGGGCCUGGCGUCGCCCGCGACCACCGAGGCCCCGGUCUCGACCCCGGCCCCGCGUAGCAGCCAGGCAGAGCUGUCCGCAGGGAACAAGAACGGGACCUCAGAACAGCAUGUCCGGAUUCGAGUCAUCAAGAAGAAAAAGAUCAUCAUGAAGAAGCGAAAGAAGCUAACUCCCCCCAGACCCCCGGUGACUGCCGGGGCUUCAGUGACCACCAGCCCUGCAAGGACCCUUGACCUCCCCAAGAAGCAAGAACCAGACUGUCCCCCUUUGGGCCUGGAGUCCCUGCGAGUUUCAGAUAACCAGCUUGAUGCAUCUAGCAGCCAGUCCUUUGGUCUUGGACCGCACCGAGGACGGCUCAACAUCCAGUCAGGCCUCGAGGAUGGUGACCUUUUUGAUGGUGCCUGGUGUGCCGAGCAGCAGGAUGCCGAGCCCUGGCUUCAGGUGGAUGCUAGGCACCCCACCCGCUUCUCAGGCAUUAUCACACAGGGCAGGAACUCCAUCUGGAGGUAUGACUGGGUCACAUCAUACAAGGUCCAGUUCAGCAAUGACAGUCUUACCUGGUGGGGGAGUAAGAAUCGCAGCAGUGGGAUGGACGCGGUAUUUCCUGCCAAUUCGGACCCAGAGACACCCGUGCUGAACCUCCUGCCUGAGCCGCAGGUGGCCCGUUUCAUUCGCCUGCUGCCCCAGACCUGGCUCCAGGGAGGUGCAUCCUGCCUCCGGGCAGAGAUCCUGGCCUGCCCAGUCUCAGAUCCUAAUGGUCUGUUCCCUGAGGUCCCUGUGCUGGGAUCCUCCGACACACUGGACUUCCGGCAUCAUGAUUAUAAAGCCAUGAGGAAGCUGAUGAAGCAGGUGAACGAGCAGUGCCCCAACAUCACCCGCGUCUACAGCAUCGGGAAGAGCCACCAGGGCCUGAAGCUGUAUGUGAUGGAAAUGUCGGACCAGCCUGGGGAGCAUGAGCUGGGAGAGCCUGAGGUGCGCUACGUGGCCGGCAUGCAUGGGAAUGAGGCCCUGGGGCGGGAGUUGCUCCUGCUCCUAAUGCAGUUCCUGUGCCGUGAGUUCCUGAGAGGGGACCCGCGGGUGACCCGGCUGCUCACCGAGACGCGCAUUCACCUGCUGCCCUCCAUGAACCCUGACGGCUAUGAGACUGCCUUCCGCCGGGGCUCGGAGCUGGUGGGCUGGGCAGAGGGCCGCUGGAACCAUCAGGGCAUUGACCUUAACCAUAAUUUUGCUGACCUCAACACACCACUGUGGGAAGCAGAGGAUGAUGGGCUGGUGCCUGACACUGUCCCCAACCAUCACCUGCCACUGCCUACUUACUACACCCUGCCCAAUGCCACUGUGGCUCCUGAAACGCGGGCAGUGAUCAAGUGGAUGGAACGGAUCCCUUUUGUGCUAAGUGCCAACCUCCACGGGGGUGAGCUCGUGGUGUCCUACCCCUUCGACAUGACUCGGACUCCGUGGGCUGCCCGUGAACUCACGCCCACCCCAGAUGAGGCAGUGUUUCGCUGGCUCAGCACUGUCUAUGCUGGCACUAAUUGGGCAAUGCAGGACCCAGAUCGCCGACCCUGCCACAGCCAGGACUUCUCCUCGUAUGGCAACAUCAUCAACGGGGCUGACUGGCACACAGUUCCUGGGAGCAUGAAUGACUUCAGCUACCUACACACCAACUGCUUUGAGGUCACUGUGGAGCUGUCCUGUGACAAGUUUCCUCACGAGAACGAGCUGCGCCAGGAGUGGGAGAACAACAAAGAUGCCCUUCUCACCUACCUGGAACAGGUGCGCAUGGGCAUUGCCGGAGUUGUGAGGGACAAGGACACGGAGAUUGGGAUUGCUGAUGCUGUCAUUGCCGUGGAUGGGAUUAACCAUGAUGUAACAACGGCAUGGGGCGGGGAUUAUUGGCGCCUGUUGACCCCAGGGGACUAUGUGGUGACUGCCAGUGCUGAGGGCUACCACGCAGCGACUCGGAACUGCCGGGUCACCUUUGAAGAGGGCCCUGUGCCCUGCAAUUUCCACCUCACCAAGACUCCCAAACAGAGACUUCGAGAGCUGCUGGCAGCUGGGGCCAAGGUGCCCCCGGACCUUCGGAGGCGGCUGGAGCGACUGAGGGGACAGAAUUAACACCUCUAGCCGAAGAGCCCCAGAGCCUUGGGCAGGCUGGACCUGUCCAGAACUGAAGGAGGGGGCACGGAGAGUUGGGAGGGAGGGACAAAGUAGGGGGAAAGAUGCUCAGUCUCAUUAAAGCUAUUUGGCACCUCA